AUGCUGAUUCUCCUAUAUUUUUCCCUAAUUCCUCUUACGACCCCAGUAAACGUGGCAAAAAUCGAAAUUCCUUAUGCAUAUUUGGUUACUAGAGAUCACCCAAGUUCUGCUAACUAUAACAUGAAUGACUUGUUCAAUUCUUCUCUUCAAAAAGCUUUUGAUAGUUAUUGUAAAUCGAAUCGCUGCUAUUUUCCAGUUUUUAAAGAUUCUGGGGUUUUGAAAUACACUAUACUUACUGAUGUUAAUAGCACUUGCCUAAGUUAUCCGAAUUGCUUGGGAUUUACCCAAGAACAAUAUCAAAACUAUAGUAUAGUCUUUGGUGAUCCAAGUAUUCAAGAUAAUAAUUUAAUGGAUGGAAGAAGUUAUGAAGAUGCAAAAUGUCCCUCGGGAUAUUUUUCAUUCACAAGAGCAAAUGGGUUGAAUUGGUGUGGGGAAAUUAUAAUAACAAAGGUGGCACACAACGAAGCUGAAAAUCGAUGCAAAUCUCAAGAACACUAUCUAAAUGGAUUUCAAUCUAUCGAAGAGCAAAAGGCUUUUUUGAAUUUCACAACGAUUUCUCGAUUUUUCAAUGCUGCCUAUUCUAUUCAUCUGGGAGCUUCAGGAUCGCUAAUGAAUGUAAGAUCUCGAAAAUGUUUUUAAUUUUUUCUAAUGUGAACAUAAACAUUUUCUAGAUGACAUGGAGUGAACCUAUUGUAUCAACGAAUCAAACAUUGGCCGGAAACAUGCUUCGCAAUCAAAACACGACUGGUGACAACAUAUAUUUGGUUCUCUACCCUGUUGAUGAUUCUGGGCCUUAUUAUUCACUGAUCACGUGAGUUUUAGCUAUAAAUAUUUACAAUUUUUAACUUUCCGUUUUCAGCAACACAACAAUGACAUUUUACAGUUGUGGAUGGUAUGCCUGA